CUCAGUGACUUCAGUUGUUGCCUUUGGGCGUUAGGCCUGAGUCCUACUUAGGCCUUUCCACCCGCUUCGUUGCUUUCUACCUUUAAAAAUGUUAUUGCAAACGCGCGCGCCCGUUGCUUCUCGGGUGGCUACCCGCUCAGAGCGCGUAGCGGUUCCAGCGCCUGUUCUUAGGGCUUCAACUGUGGCUGUGGCGCCUGCUGUCGGCGCGACAUGCACGACGCAGUCGCUUGUUGCCUGCAAGCGGAGUUCUUGGCGGCCAAGCGUUGUGGCGCAGGCCGCUACGGUUGAGGCUUCCCGCCAGUAUGAGGCUCCUGGAAAGGGUUUGUCGCAGGUGAACGUCGUCUACAAGUUCGGCGGCUCAUCCGUGCGCGACGCUGAACGUAUGCGUGAGGUUGCGGACAUCAUUUGCAGCUUCCCACAGUAUCUGCCCUGCGUGGUGCUAUCUGCCAUGGGCAAGACCACCAACCUGCUGCUGGAGUGCGGCGACCUGGCCCUCCGCACCGCCACCGACAAGAUUGGCGACCUGUCCCCACUCAAGAUCAUCCGCCAGCUGCACCUGGCCACCUGCGACGAGCUGGCCAUCGAGCCGGCCGUGCGCGCGGAGGUGGACCACCUCAUCAACGAGCUGCAGCAGCUGCUCAUUGGAAUCAGCAUCAUGCAGGACCUGACCCCCCGCGCCAAGGACAGCCUGGUGUCGUUCGGCGAGCGCCUCUCCACCCGCAUCUUCGCAUCCUACCUGCGCACCAAGGGUGUCCCCGCCCGCCAACACGACGCGUGGGACCUGGGUCUGACCACCACGGACGACUUCACCAACGCUGACGUCAUCUAUGAGGCCUCGCUGCCCGCCAUUGCCGCGGCGCUGGCGCCCAAGCCCGGGCAACAGGCGGAGCUGCCCAUCGUGACAGGCUUCCUUGGCCGCGGACAGCACACGGGCGCCGUCACCACACUGGGUCGCGGCGGCUCCGACCUCACUGCCACGGUGCUGGGAGCCGCCCUGGAGCUGCCCGAGGUGCAGGUCUGGAAGGACGUGGACGGUGUGCUGACCUCCGACCCCCGCAUCGUGCCCACCACCCGGCCCGUGACGGAGCUCACGUUCGAGGAGGCCACCGAGCUGGCCUACUUUGGCGCGCAGGUGCUGCACCCGCAGGCCAUGCAGCCCGCCAUCCGCUCCGGCAAGAUGAACGUGCGCGUCAAGAACUCGUACAACAGGGAGGCCGCCGGCACCAUCAUCUCUGCCCACCGCGACCUGGACUGCAGCCUGGUGACCUCGAUCGUGCUCAAGAGCAACGUGACGCUGGUGGACAUCAUCUCCUCCCGCAUGAUGGGGCAGUACGGCUUCCUGUCCACCGUGUUUGACGCCUUCCGCCGCCACAAGAUCUCGGUGGACGUGGUCGCCACCUCGGAGGUGUCCGUGUCGCUAACGCUGGACCCCAAGAAGAUCUGCGGCGCCCCCGAGGACGAGCUGCACCAGCUGCAGAGCGAGCUCUCCAAGAUCGCCGGCGUGUCGUACCGCAAGGGGCUCGCCAUCCUGUCGCUCAUCUGCAACGUGGAGAAGACCAGCGAGAUCCUGAUGCGGGCGUUCAGCGUGUUCCAGCGCGAGGACAUCAAGGUGCUCAUGAUGAGCCAGGGCGCCUCCAAGACCAACAUCUCGCUGGUGGUGGACGGGGCGCGCGGAGUGGAGGCGGUCAAGGCACUGCACCGCGAGUUCUUCGACGGCCCCUCCGUCUGCUCCAAGACCGCCAACGGCAACGGCCACUCGAACAACUGAAGAGUGACAACGGCAGAC